AUGUCAUCAUCAAGAGCUCUCCGCCUUCAAUCGGCCCUCCGAAACCCCAUCCUCCGCACCUCCGCACAGCUCGCACCCCGCCGGGGCUACGCCGUCAAGGAGCCCCCAGCACCAAACCCCAUAAACCCGUCCGGUUCAGCACCGUCCCGCCCGACUCCGUCCCCAUCAAACCCCAAGGUGGGAACCAAGCCAGAUGAAAUCAGCAACAGGCAAGCCUUCACUCUUUUCCGCCCUUCAUCACAGCUUCAAUUCACUCUUUGUGCACUCUACCUCGUCCUCGGCGUCGCCGCAGCCCUGGGCGGCACCUUCGCCUUCCUGACCGGCGCCCCAGACCGCGCAGCAGGCGUCGCGGACUCCGUCACCCGCGGCGGCGGGCCGUCCAUCACGCCCGGCCUGGGUCCCAAACCCUCGAGCGAGCGGAAUCUGGAGAACACGACGGGACGGGAUGCAAACCGGCAGACGGGGUUGGCGGGGAUAAAGAGCAAGCAGACGGACCCGAACCAGCUGCAGGCGAGCAAUUGA